AUGACUUGGGGAAAAAACGGUGCCAAGGGUGCAGCAACGCCCUACAUCGUCUGUCCUCACUGCUCUAGGGCGGGUAAGCAGAGCUGGAUUUUCGUAGACAGAGUCCAGCACCACCCCUUUUGCAACCUGUGUGGCAACGCAUGGAAGACAAAGGGUGCUCCGGUCACUCAAAGACUGCGCCCGCGGGGUCCCAAGAAGAACAGGGACAGAAGCGCAACCACUGAGAGUGCCACCCAAAGCCCCCAACGGCCUAGGAAUCAAGAGGGCAACCUCUCCAAAGCCGUCACGACACUUUGGCAGAAGUUUCCCCCAGAGGUCCAGAAGGAACUGAGCGAGGCAGGUUUCCAAGCAGGCCGGCAGCCGAGUCCGCCUCCAGGCCUCCAGUCUGGAAAAGGCAACGGGGCAAAGGGUGGGCUUGACGAGCAGGCCGAAGCCUCUAAGAACCUGUGGGAUUCUGCGUCUGAUGAUCAGAAGAAGCUGAUGCGCCAAGCUGGCAUCCCUGAGCCGGUUGCGUCGGAGCCAACAGACCUUGCGGCCCUUUGCAAGAAGCACUUGGAGUCAAUGCCGCCCUCGAUCCAGCAAGCCCUUGCAGCACUUGAUCCUCCGGCCCCCACGCAGACUCAGCAGAUUGAGAUUGCAACUCGUCGCUUUAAGCAGAGCACUACGGACUUGCGACUGAUGAUCCAGCAAACUGCUGCCUUACAGAUUCGCAUAGACCGCGCCAAAGCAACCUACCAGGAGCUGCUUGAGAAGAUGAAGGUUUGCCAAUCUGAUUUGCAGAGCAAACAAGCUGAAGUCACGGCUAUGCAGUCGGAGUUGGAAGCCACACUCCGUGCUGAUGCUUCGGGUCUGGAGGACCCCGCGCGCAAGGACGACCCCUUGGAAGGGCUUCUAGAUACGCUUGCCAAAGUUGGAAUUGUCCUGACCCAGGAGCAGAAGGAGCUUUACGAGGAGGCCCAGCGCGGCAAGCUUAAUGAUGGGCAGCAGAAUAUGGAAGUUGAAGCCACAAACCAGCCUGGUUUGACGGCUCCGACCCGUGCCCCGCUGAGCCAAACUCUGCCAGAACACAAGGGCACUGAGCCGCAUGAGCAAACCAAGCCCAGUGGGGAGAGUGGGCAACCUGCUUGUGCAUUUCAGCCUGCCCUUCAGCUUGAUCAAGACGUUUCCUGUGCCCCUGCGUCCAGCUCUCAGCCAUGCGGGUUUUCCGGCGAAUCGGUUAAGCGACCCAUUUCUUUGUACAGUGAUUUGUUUUCAUUGGGGGAGUGCCAACCUCAGCAGCCCAAGUCCUUAGAGAAGGAAGAAUGGGAUUCUUGUGGGGAUCUGAGUGCCUGGCAGACUGUUACCAAAGGAUUGCGCCACAGCACCCCGCUGCAGUCCCAGGACACCCAACUCAUCACAGGGCCCCAGUUCUGGCCCCCAUCUUUCUCGACAACUGAGUUUGAUGAGGUCCCUGUGACCGGUGCUUCUCCAAUCUCUGCUUUUGUGGCCACAACCUCAGCAACGGCAUCUCAAGUUGAGGAGUUUCCUCGCUUACAGGCGUCGGGGAGCCAUGCCGAGGUUGGGGUCACCCGCAAACGUAAUAAAACCAGACGCAGAGCGAAAAAGCCCAAACACAUUAGGGUACCCUUUUCUCAGCUUGCCCCUUGUGAAAUGCCACCUGAGGUGCCACCUUUGGCAAGCCCACACAGCCAGUGGCGAAAACUCGAAGGCCAGGUGUGGGAGGCUGUCCAGAACCCAGAUCUGUUGGGAGCAACUUCAGAGGUUGUCGGCCACCUUCUUGAUCAGGUUGAGCAGGGCAGCUUAGGUUGGUGGCUGUGCCAGGAGAUCUUGGCCCUCCAACGUUCUUUUGACUUGACUUUGCUCUUGCUUGUUGCUCGGGGCUUUGAAGUUUUGUGCAAAUCGCAGCCACAGGGGCACAGGCAAAUGCGAGUCACAUCUUGCAACAUUACUUCUUGGAGACCAGAAGUCAAGCAAUGGUUUUCAGCUCAAGGGGAUGUUAUCUUGAUUCAGGAGCACCAUCUUUUGGAGUCCCAAGUUGUUGCUGAAAUCUCGUCUAUGGCUGCCAUGGGCUUCGACUCCUUCCUUUUGCCCGCAGCCCCUGGGGAAGGCCGACGGAAUAGCUCUAGAGGCGGAGUUGGGGUUUUUGUUAGAGCCCACCUGGGAGCCCGUUUGCGAGGUCAGUAUACCAACCAAGGUUGUGGCUACGUAGCGGUGACGCUACGCACACAAGGGGCUGACUUGACAGUAGUUAGCCUGUACCUCCAGUCUUCCUCCGGCUUCGGGUCCCCGGUCAACUCUGACAUCCUUGCAUCUCUGCGCGCAAUUCGUCAAUCUGUGAGGGGCCCAAUCCUGAUAGGUGGAGACUGGAACUCGCCUUUGAAGGAUUUGUUGGACACUGCCAUUUUUCAAAGUUUGUCCCUGGAACCAAUUGGGCCCAACCAAGCCACCUGUGGUGACAAUGAGCUUGAUUUUCUGGCUGUAUCACACUGCCUGGAAGGUUUGCUCCGAGUUGAUGCCUCCUGGGAUGUUCCUUUCAAGCCACAUGCAGCAAUCCAAGUUGCCCUCAAUGUGGGCGCUUUCCAGCUCACCACUCCACAGCUUCCCUCCUUUGUGCUCUCCUUCAGGGAAGAACCGCUUGAUUAUAUACAGGUUGAGGAGACCCUCGCCUCUUUGCCGGAUACCACCUUUUCGGCUGACCCCCUGAGCAAUCGACUGGCUUCCAUUUCCAGUUCGGUGGAGCACAGUCUUUUGCAAUCGUCCCAGGGUAUUGGUCGCCAACUCCAAGUUGAAUUCCUCCCAGCUGUUCCUCGCAUGUCCCAGUUCGCAUGGGAAGGUUCUUGCCAGGCUUUUUGGCACCGGGUACAAUUUCUGUGCCAGGGAGACCACCCCAAACGUCGAGAGCAAUGCCAGGAGUAUUUGCCGCAGAUCCUGGACCACUGGCAGGGCAACUCGGAGGAGGCUGUUUCUUUUCUUUCUACGCUCCAGGCCUGUCUCUCGGAGCAGGCUGCUGUUCCCGAGCCCGUCCAGCAAUUAUUGCAGGAGCAAUUUCUGCUGGCCUCUAAAGUUCACCAGGAUGCCCAGACCAAGUCGUACAGGUCGUGGUUGCAGGGAGCCCAAGAAAAAGGGAUGGCCCCCCUUUUCAAGACGAUCAAAAAAGGUGAAAUCACCACUGCACGUCCCUUUCGGGAUCUGUCCGCAGAGGUCCGCGCCCUGGCUAGAACCAAACUAUGGCUCCGCACUUGGAAAGGCGUACUUAGAGUUGAGGACCUUCCUCCUCUUCCACACGCAGAGCAACAGGCUCGCGGAAAGCUACGGGAACUGGCUGCUCAGCAGGUCGCUACCCUGAGCCCCAUUUCCCCGGAACAGCUGCAACAAAGGUUUUCCAAAGGCAGGGUCACUGCCCCAGGACCGGACGGCUGGAGCAAGUCCCUUCUCAAGAAAUUGACUUGGCCAAUGCUUCAGGACAUCGCUGAAUUUUAUCAGGAGCUCGAAAGAGGCCUCCGAGUCCCGCAGCAGUUUCUCCUGACACAAGUUUGUAUGCUGCCCAAAUCGGCUACUGCUGAGAGACCUAUCUCUUUAACUCACGUUUUGUGGAGGGACUACUGCAGAGCCAGGUGGUCCCUGAUCCAAGAGUGGACGGUCUCCUACCAGGCCCUGGCUCCUUGGGAUGCCGCAGUGCCAGGUCGAACAUCUUUAGACAUCGGCAUCCGCCGGUUGCUGUGGGCCGAAGCCUCCCGAACUCAGUCCAAACACUUUGUAGGACUCUUUCUUGAUAUCAAAGGUUUCUAUGAUUGUGUAGUUUGGGCCUCGGUAGUCGACACCGGACUCCUGUUGCAGUUCCCACCUUUGCUUUUGGAGCUUUCCCUUCAAAUUUAUGGUGGGACACGAUUUGUCUCAGCCGAAAAUUCGGUUUCGCCGGGAAUCAUUCCCACAGUUGGGUUGCUUCAGGGUUGCCCUGUUGCGCCGGUGGUUUCGAAACUGGCUUUGUUUGUCCCAAUCAGGGACCUUCAGGCUACUGGCCUCACUCACAACAUCGACCAGUGGCUUGAUGACAUUUCGGCUGACGUGGUAGGGUCCACUGCUUCUAACACGGCUCACAAAGCCCUCAAGACAUUUCGUAUACUGCGAGACUCUCUUGCGGAACGAAAUCUUCAGGUUUCCUUGGAAAAAACCAAGUUUCUUUGCUCAGACUCUGCCACCUCUCAAGUUCUUGCGCGUCUGCGUUCGGACCAAGAUCCUGGCAUUACUCUGUUAGCCAAAGACUUAGGGGUUGACAGCAAUGCUGGCAGACGCCGCAGGCUUGCCACCUCUCUUGGCAGGCACAAGAAGGCGCAAGGCCGCCACAAGCGCCUUCGUGCUUUAGGUGUUGAUUCGCAUUGUUCACGCACGAGGGUUGUGCGCGGAUCCAUCAUGACAUGUGCCACCUAUGGCCAUCAGGCACAGGGUGUUAGUCCCAAACGGUUGAAAUGGCACCGCGCUGUGCUGGCUGGUAGCUUAGGACGCCAACAUCUAGGAGGAACCCUGACCGUCUUGGAGAUGUUCUCCCACAGAUUUCCGGAUCCCCGAGAGCAGAUCAUUUGUGAGCAUUUGCAAGUUUUUCUUCGUAUUCUUGGCCGUUCUCCUUCCAUUUGGGAGGAAGUUCAAAGGCCUCUGGCCGUGGACAAGCGCCACUGGAAUGAUUCCACACUCCGUGCUGAUGCUUCGGGUCUGGAGGACCCCGCGCGCAAGGACGACCCCUUGGAAGGGCUUCUAGAUACGCUUGCCAAAGUUGGGAUUGUCCUGACCCAGGAGCAGAAGGAGCUUUACGAGGAGGCCCAGCGCGGUAAGCUUAACGAUGGGCAGCAGAAUAUUGAAGUUGAAGCCACAAACCAGCCUGGUUUGACGGCUCCGACCCGUGCCCCGCUGAGCCAAACUCUGCCAGAACACAAGGGCACUGUCCCUGUGACCGGUGCUUCUUCAAUCUCUGCCUUUGUGGCCACAACCUCAGCAACGGCAUCUCAAGUUGAGGAGUUUCCUCGCUUACAGGCGUCGGGGAGCCACGCCGAGGUUGAGCAGGGCAGCUUAGGUUGGUGGCUGUGCCAAGAGCUCUUGGCCCUCCAACGUUCUUUUGACUUGACUUUGCUCUUGCUUGUUGCUCGGGGCUUUGAAGUUUUGCGCAAAUCGCAGCCACAGGGGCACAGGCAAAUGCGAGUCACAUCUUGCAACAUCACUUCUUGGAGGCCAGAAGUCAAGCAAUGGUUUUCAGCUCAAGGGGAUGUUAUCUUGAUUCAGGAGCACCACCUUUUGGAGUCCCAAAUUGUUGCUGAAAUUUCGUCUAUGGCUGCCAUGGGCUUUGACUCCUUCCUUGUGCCCGCAGCCCCUGGGGAGGGCCAGUAUACCAACCAAGGUUGCGGUUACGUGGCGGUGACGCUACGCACACAAGGGGCUGACUUGACAGUAGUCAGCCUGUACCUCCAGUCCUCCUCCGGCUUCGGGUCCCCGGUCAACUCUGACAUCCUAGCAUCUCUACGCGCAAUUCGUCAAUCUGUGAGGGGCCCAAUCCUGAUAGGUGGAGACUGGAACUCGCCUUUGAAGGAAUUGUUGGACACUGCCAUUUUUCAAAGUUUGUCCCUUGAACCAAUUGGGCCCAACAAAGCCACAUGUGGUGAUAAUGAGCUUGAUUUUCUGGCUGUAUCACACUGCCUGGAAGGUUUGCUCCGGGUUGAUGCCUCCUGGGAUGUUCCUUUCAAGCCACAUGCAGCAAUCCAAGUUGCCCUUAAUGUGGGCGCUUUCCAGCUCACCACCCCACAGCUUCCCUCCUUUGUGCUUUCCUUCCGGGAAGAACCGCUUGAUUACAUGCAGGUUGAGGAGACCCUCGCCUCUUUGCCCGAUACCACCUUGUCGGCUGACCCCCUGAGCAAUCGACUGGCUUCCAUUUCCAGUUCAGUGGAGCACAGUCUUUUGCAAUCGUCCCAGGGUAUUGGUCGCCAACUCCAAGUUGAAUUCCUCCCAGCUGUUCCUCGCAUGUCUCAGUUCGCAUGGGAAGGCUCUUGCCAGGCUUUUUGGCACCGGGUGCAAUUUCUGUGCCAGGGAGACCACCCCAAACGUCGAGAGCAAUGCCAGGAGUAUUUGCCGCAGAUCCUGGACCACUGGCAGGGCAACUCGGAGGAGGCUGUUGCCUUUCUUUCUACGCUCCAGGCCUGUCUCUCGGAGCAGGCUGCUGUUCCCGAGCCCGUCCAGCAAUUAUUGCAGGAGCAAUUUCUGCUGGCCUCUAAAGUUCACCAGGAUGCCCAGACCAAGUCGUACAGGUCGUGGUUGCAGGGAGCCCAAGAAAAAGGGAUGGCUCCCCUUUUCAAGACGAUCAAAAAAGGUGAAAUCACCACUGCACGCCCCUUUCGGGAUCUAUCCGCAGAGGUCCGCGCCCUGGCUAGAACCAAACUAUGGCUCCGCACUUGGAAAGGCGUACUUAGAGUUGAGGACCUUCCUCCUCUUCCACACGCAGAGCAACAGGCUCGCGGAAAGCUACGGGAACUGGCUGCUCAGCAGGUAGCUACCCUGAGCCCCAUUUCCCCGGACCAGCUGCAACAAAGGUUCUCCAAAGGCAGGGUCACUGCCCCAGGACCGGAUGGCUGGAGCAAGUCCCUUCUCAAGAAAUUGACUUGGCCAAUGCUUCAGGACAUCGCUGAAUUUUAUCAGGAGCUCGAAAGAGGCCUCCGAGUCCCGCAGCAGUUCCUCCUGACACAAGUUUGUAUGCUGCCCAAAUCGGCUACUGCUGAGAGACCUAUCUCUUUAACUCACGUUUUGUGGAGGGACUACUGCAGAGCCAGGUGGUCCCUGAUCCAAGAGUGGACGGUCUCCUACCAGGCCCUGGCUCCUUGGGAUGCCGCAGUGCCAGGACGAACAUCACUAGACAUCGGCAUCCGCCGUUUGCUGUGGGCCGAAGCCUCCCGAACUCAGUCCAAACACUUUGUAGGACUCUUUCUUGAUAUCAAAGGCUUCUAUGAUUGUGUUGUUUGGGCCUCGGUAGUCGACACCGGACUCCUGCUGCAGUUCCCACCUUUGCUUUUGGAGCUUUCCCUUCAAAUUUAUGGUGGGGACCUUCAGGCUACUGGCCUCACUCACAACAUAGACCAGUGGCUGGAUGACAUUUCGGCUGACGUGGUUUCCUUGGAGAAAACCAAGUUUCUUUGCUCAGAUUCUGCCACCUCUCAAGUUCUUGAGCGUCUGCGUUCGGACCAAGCUUGCCACCUCUCUGGCAGGCACAAGAAGGCGCAAGGCCGCCACAAGAAUCAUGAGGGCAACCUCUCCAAAGCCGUCACGACUCUUUGGCAGAAGCCUCCAGUCUGGAAAAGGCAAAGGGGCAAAGGUGGGCUUGACGAGCAGGCCGAAGCCUCUAAGAACCUGUGGGAUUCCGCGUCUGAUGAUCAGAAGAAGCUGAUGCGCCAAGCUGGCAUCCCUGAGCCGGUGGCGUCGGAGCCAACAGACCUUGCGGCCCUUUGCAAGAAGCACUUGGAGUCAUUGCCGCCUUCGAUCCAGCAAGCCCUUGCAGCACUUGAUCCUCCGGCCCCCACGCAGACUCAGCAGAUUGAGAUUGCAACUCGUCGCUUUAAGCAGAGCACUACGGACUUGCGACAGAUGAUCCAGCAAACUGCUGCUUUACAGAUUCGCAUAGACCGAGCCAAAGCAACCUACCAGGAGCUGCUUGAGAAGAUGAAGGUUUGCCAAUCUGAUUUGCAGAGCAAGCAAGCUGAAGUCACGGCUAUGCAGUCGGAGUUGGAAGCCGCACUCAGUGCUGAUGCUUUGGGUCUGGAGGACCCCGCGCGCAAGGACGAUCCCUUGGAAGGGCUUCUAGAUACGCUUGCCAAAGUUGGGAUUGUCCUGACCCAGGAGCAGAAGGAGCUUUACGAGGAGGCCCAGCGCGGUAAGCUUAACGAUGGGCAGCAGAAUAUGGAUGUUGAAGCCACAAACCAGCCUGGUUUGACGGCUCCGACCCGUGCCCCGCUGAGCCAAACUCUGCCAGAACACAAGGGCACUGUUGAACAGGGCAGCUUAGGUUGGUGGCUGUGCCAAGAGAUCUUGGCCCUCCAACGUUCUUUUGACUUGACUUUGCUCCUGCUUGAGCACCACCUUUUGGAGUCCCAAGUUGUUGCUGAAAUUUCGUCUAUGGCUGCCAUGGGCUUUGACUCCUUCCUUGUGCCCGCAGCCCCUGGGGAAGGCCAGUAUACCAACCAAGGUUGCGGCUACGUGGCGGUGACGCUACGCACACAAGGGGCUGACUUGACAGUAGUUAGCCUGUACCUCCAGUCCUCCUCCGGCUUCGGGUCCCCGGUCAACUCUGACAUCCUAGCAUCUCUGCGCGCAAUUCGUCAAUCUGUAAGGGGCCCAAUCCUGAGAGGUGGAGAUUGGAACUCGCCUUUGAAGGAAUUGUUGGACACUGCCAUUUUUCAAAGUUUGUCCCUUGAACCAAUUGGGCCCAACAAAGCCACAUGUGGUGACAAUGAGCUUGAUUUUCUGGCUGUAUCACACUGCCUGGAAGGUUUGCUCCGGGUUGAUGCCUCCUGGGAUGUUCCUUUCAAGCCACAUGCAGCAAUCCAAGUUGCCCUUAAUGUGGGCGCUUUCCAGCUCACCACUCCACAGCUUCCCUCCUUUGUGCUUUCCUUCAGGGAAGAACCGCUUGAUUACAUGCAGGUUGAGGAGACCCUCGCCUCUUUGCCCGAUACCACCUUGUCGGCUGACCCCCUGAGCAAUCGACUGGCUUCCAUUUCCAGCUCGGUGGAGCACAGUCUUUUGCAAACGUCCCAGGGUAUUGGUCGCCAACUCCAAGUUGAAUUCCUCCCAGCUGUUCCUCGCAUGUCCCAGUUCGCAUGGGAAGGCUCUUGCCAGGCUUUUUGGCACCGGGUACAAUUUCUGUGCCAGGGAGACCACCCCAAACGUCGAGAGCAAUGCCAGGAGUAUUUGCCGCAGAUCCUGGACCACUGGCAGGGCAACUCGGAGGAGGCUGUUUCCUUUCUUUCUACGCUCCAGGCCUGUCUCUCGGAGCAGGCAGCUGUUCCUGAGCCCGUCCAGCAAUUAUUGCAGGAGCAAUUUCUGCUGGCCUCUAAAGUUCACCAGGAUGCCCAGACCAAGUCGUACAGGUCGUGGUUGCAGGGAGCCCAAGAAAAAGGGAUGGCUCCCCUUUUCAAGACGAUCAAAAAAGGUGAAAUCACCACUGCACGUCCCUUUCGGGAUCUGUCCGCAGAGGUCCGCGCCCUGGCUAGAACCAAACUAUGGCUCCGCACUUGGAAAGGCGUACUUAGAGUUGAGGACCUUCCUCCUCUUCCACACGCAGAGCAACAGGCUCGCGGAAAGCUACGGGAACUGGCUGCUCAGCAGGUCGCUACCCUGAGCCCCAUUUCCCCGGAACAGCUGCAACAAAGGUUUUCCAAAGGCAGGGUCACUGCCCCAGGACCGGAUGGCUGGAGCAAGUCCCUUCUCAAGAAAUUGACUUGGCCAAUGCUUCAGGACAUCGCUGAAUUUUAUCAGGAGCUCGAAAGAGGCCUCCGAGUCCCGCAGCAGUUUCUCCUGACACAAGUUUGUAUGCUGCCCAAAUCGGCUACUGCUGAGAGACCUAUCUCUUUAACUCACGUUUUGUGA